AUGGAAAUUGAUGAAAUUGCUAAUGAUAAUAAAUCUAAUACUUUCUCACUUGAUAGCAAACAGUACUGUACUCAAAAAAUUCAUCGCCUUCGAGUAUCUUUAAAAUUUACACAUGGUAAAGGAAGAUUCACUCAAAAAAAUGAAGUAAAUGUAUCAAGUUUAAAUGACGUCAGAGUUUUGCAUAUUGUAUUGUUUGAUACUGAACGUGCUUGGAGUUAUGCAAUGGAAUUGAAAAGAGAAUCAAGAUCUACCGGCGAUUUACGUAAAAAACAUCAUUUAAUUAGAAAAUUAAAAAAAGCAGAAAAAUGUGCCAAGCAAUUAGAACAUUUGUGCUCAAGAGAAAUCGGUAAAGUUGAUACUAGGACUGUGUUGGAGGCACAGGCAUACUCUUCUUUAAUGUCUGGAUAUUUGACAAUAUAUGAAAAAUUAUCUGCAGCUGGAACUUCACAUCAAGAAACUUUAUGUCAAUCUGCAAUUGAUGAUAUUGACCCAAAUAUUCGUUUUUGUGCAUUUAAAUUACGAUUAGGUACAGAUGUUGAAGAUCUUGUAAAGAUGACAUUAGGAAAAAAUAAAGGAGUUGGAUUAGAUUUAUUAGAGGCAGAAGUAGAGUCUGUGCUUACACAAUCUCGUCAACAGAAAGCAUCAUUCCUUAAUUCUAUAACUUGGCAUAAUCGUACUGUAUCUCUUAAAAAUACAGAUUUGGCAAUUUCCAUUUUAAAAGCUCAAGAUGCAACAAAAAAUCUUGAAAAUGCUUUAGAUUCAGAAGCUGAAGAUUCAACAAAAAUGGAAUUAUUUGAUGCACUUUUGGAAGCUUAUGGUGAUGCAGAAAAUUUUGCUAAAAAUGUUGUAAAGGAAGAUGCAGAAGCUACAGCAAAAGUCAAGUCUUCUAAAUCAGAAAAAUUGACAGCAGAUCUUAAUUUUGUUUAUGAUUAUGUGGCAUAUAAUUAUUUAUUCCAUAGAAUUCAGCGUAAUUUAAUGCUUGUGGAAACACUUAAACAUAAUUUAAAAAUUCAAGAACGUUCAGAUGCUAAAUUUUUUGGUGGAAAAUAUCAAGAAAUUGUUAAAUUAUAUGAUAAUGUUCUUCAGAGUUUAAAUGAGAUUAAUGAUCUUUCCGAAGUUCAAAUUAAUCUCAAUUUAUUACAAGAAAUUGAUGCAAAAACUUGGUAUUAUAAAGCAUGGAGAGUUCUAUAUGUAGCAUCAGCAUAUGCUGUUCUAAACAAAGAAUUAGAAGCUAUUUUAUUGUAUGAACGUGCUAGGGAAUAUAAUUCACAAGCAAAAGCAUCAUUAUCAAAAAUAACUUCUAAUAACAGUGGCAAUGAUGAUGAAAUUCUAAUUGUUACACAAAAAGAUGUUGAUGAAUUAGAAAAUCUGUUAAGAGCUCAUAAAUGUAAAGUACAUGCAUCACGAUGUCUUCAACAUGGUACUGUUCCAGAGAAUUUGGAAUUAAAAUUUUCGCCUAUUCCAGCAAAACCAUUAUUUUUUGAUAUAGCAUACAACUAUUUAGAUUUUCCAUCUAAUCUAUCACAAAGAGCCGGUCACAAACCAACAAAAGAGUCAGCCAUAUUUGGUGGAUUAUUUAAAAAUAUAUUGGGACAAAA